CUCGACCGUUUAUGUGACGGCAAACAACACAGGAUACGUCCGAUCAGAUCCUGAAGUUAUGAAACGUGCUUUCACCCGUGAUUGUGAUACCGGAUACAGUUUGAAAUGCCUAAAAUUGGACGCCGUUUCAUUCAUUGAAAAAUUAACCGAAACCGAGGAAUACGGAUUAUUGCCUGGAGUGAGCGUAGUCAAGGACGCUUCCGCCAACGAAACGAAAACCGCCGAAAUUGUUGCCGAAAUGGCCCGUGCUUUCCCUGAUGAUCCUGACAAACGUCUGGAUGGUUACUUGAUGGAAAAGCUCAGUGGAUAUCUAUCCAGUCACACUUUGAAAAUUCGCUUACUUCAAUCUGAUGUUGCUGACGAGGCUCGUGCCUUGGUGACCGGACGUGGAGGCGGCGGUGGCGGCGGCGGCGGCGGCGGCGGUGGCAAGAAAGGCGGUUACGGAGAAAUCAUUGCUGCAGCUGUUAUGAUGAAAGGUACAUUGAUGGCAAUCGGUAUGGGCGCUCUCGCUUUACUCGCCGCCAAAGCUCUGAUGGUAGGAAAGCUCGCUUUAAUGUUAUCUGCUAUCAUUGGAUUGAAAGCUUUGACUCACCACGGUCACCACGAAUCAACUCACGAAAUCAUAGCCAAACCAAUUUACACCCAUCAUGACGAAUACCAUGGUGGACAUUCCGGCUAUGGUGGUGGUUACGGCAGAUCCAUGAACUUCGAACUGCCAGAGCAUCUCCAAAACUAA